UCCAGCAUGUCUCCAGACUGUUCAGAGUAGUAUUUAGUCACAGUUGGAAGUCCAGCAGCAGUCUUUACCCCCCACCCAGCAUCCAGCAUGGACAUAAACACUUUAAAACAGCUGGUGAAGCUCACUCAGGAGGGACAGUAUGGCUCUCUGGAGGAGCAGAUUACAUCAGGUGGCUCAGCGGCGGUGGAGACUGUCCGCUGUAAACACUUCGGCCGGUCCGGAGACACCUUACUGCACUACGCAGCCAGACAUGGACACCUGGACAUUGUGGAGUAUCUAAUUAAGCGGGUAGGCAUGGAUGUGGAUGUGUACAACAACGACUACAAGAGGCCAUUGCAUGAAGCUGCGUCCAUGAGCCAUCAGAGCUGUGUGAGCUAUCUGCUGCAGGAAGGAGCCAAAGUGGACAGUUUGAAGAAGGCUGACUGGACUCCUCUGAUGAUGGCCUGCACUCGGAGGAACCUCGAGGUGAUCCAGGAGGUGCUGUCCCAUGGCGCCGACCCGGGGCUGAGAAACAAGGACGGCUGGAACUCCUUCCACAUCGCCUGCAGAGAGGGUGAUCCUGUGGUCAUACAGCACCUGCUUCUCAACGCGGCUGACGUCUGGAGGACGGAGAGCACGACGCGCAGGACGCCACUGCACACUGCAGCGAUGCAUGGCUGCGAGGAGGUUGUAAGGAUCUUGCUGGACAGAUGUGGCUACACCCCAGACACCCGGGACAGCUGUGGAGUCACUCCUUUCAUGGACGCCGUGAGGAACGGACACGUCUCAGUGGCCAGGCUGCUUUUAGAGAAGCACAAGGCUUCUCCAACAGCAGCUGACGUACUCGGGGUUCAGCCGGUGCACCAGGUCGCUGUCACGAGCCAGGAUGAGGCGCUGCGGUUCCUGGUGAAGGAGCUCAACUUAGAUGUGAACCAGAGGGCGACUGCCAUCCAGCUCACUGCCCUGCAUUACGCUGCCAAGGAGGGCCACACGUCCACUAUAAAAACACUGCUGGAGUUGGGUGCAGAUCUUCAUGUUCGGGACACAAAGGGAAGAAGUGCUCUUCACAUGGCUUGCAUUGGGCAGCAUGCAGACGCAGCCAGGACACUCCUACAGCUCGGACUCAAAGACUCAGAAGACACAUCUGGAGUAACAGCACGGCAGCACGCCAAGAGACCAGACGUAGUGAGAGUGUUUGAGUGUAGCUCACCAGAUAGGAACAGUUAAUAUUCCCCAGUGAUACGAUAUAGGUUAUGUAUUAUUUAUUUAAUAUAAGUAAGACAAAUAACAUGAAACAUGGCACGGGACUGCAGUCAUCAGUUCGAUAACCAAUCUUGUAUUGAGUUGUGUAGUGUAUUCUCAAGAAAUGUGUGAACAAAAGUGAAAUUAAAUGUAAUAAUCUGCAAGCAAAACAACUCAGCUGCUAUGAGAACAUUUGUGGUAACUUAUGAUGGAUAAUAUUAGCAAUCUUUAGAAAGACAGUGUUGUUACUGAUAAAAAUAGAGUCAGAUUGACUUUAUGACUUCUUUCCGCUUGUCUUAUCAUUAUCCUGUAACUCUAACUCAUGACACCAGUUCAACAAAAACUACAUAGUCAAGCUUUAAAGUCUUUUAUUUUAUUUACAUGAGACCUGAGCUGGGUUCUACUGACUUCUUGAGACUUGACGUGGACUACAGACCUUAAUUGCGUCCGUGGCAAUGAGGACCGACCACAUCGACCCUUGCACGUAUGCAUAAUUGUUGUUAUGCUGCGCAGUGAUGUUGUGAGACAUGAUUGGACACGUUAAAGAUAAGCACACCUGCUCGACUGCACGCUUGCGUGGACGUCUGCUAGACUGCAAUCUCACAAAACAAGACCUAAGCUUUAAACAUCAGCAGUCAUGUCUGAUAGGU